GUCUGACCGGCCACGGGAAAGUUGCAAGACUCCGUCAUACCUUCAUCAAUUUUAUGCCAAUACCCGGUCCCCAAUCCCCGUACCCUGUUAACAAUACAAGACGUAAUUUAAAAUAUUCCGAAUAUGCCGAAGAAGCUCGCCAAACAGCCAACAUUUCCAGGCACGACGCCUACUACCACUACCCUACCAUCCAUCCUCACCGACGGUCAGCCCUUGCCGCGCGCCAUCGUCUUCGAUCUCGACUACACCCUAUGGCCAUUCUGGGUCGACACCCACGUCUACCCGCCGCUCCGGCCCAACCUCGCGCACAGCGCCUGCACCGACAAGAUCGGCGAGACCUUCGCCUUCUACGACGACGUACCCUCCGUCCUACACGGCCUAGCUCGCGCGGGCAUCAAGCUCGGCGUCGCGAGCCGGACGCACGCCCCGGACCUCGGCCGCGAAAUGCUCAAGCUGUUGCACAUACCGCCCGCGAGCAGCGUGCUGGACGAAAGCGGCGCUGACGCGGGCUCGGGGAGUAGUACCAGCAAGAAGGACAAGGUGAGGAAGGCGAUCGAGUUCUUCGACGCGGGGCUGGAGAUCUACCCCAGUAGUAAAAUACAACAUUUUAAGGCGUUGGGCAAGAGGACGGGUAUCCCGCACACCGAGAUGCUGUUCUUCGACGACGAAAGCCGUAACAGGGACACCGAGUCUCUAGGCGUUACCAUGUGGUUGGUCAGGGACGGCGUUACGUGGAAUGAGGUCGUAGAGGGGAUUAAGGAAUGGAGGAGGCGAAAAGGUGUCCAGCCAUCAUCUUGAGUCGUAGUUCCAACCAACAUUUAGAGGCAUUGGUCGCCAGCAGAUGACAUAUCGAUUAUAUAGCAUAGAUAGAGAGGGUUGCUGGCG